UUCGGCACAGCCGCUUUGACAUCUUCAUCAUCUACCAUCGUUUCCUACCAACGCCUUGGCGGAAUUCUUAAAUAGCCUUCUAAGAUAUUCAAGAUGUGGGGGAAGGGAAAACGGAAAUCAGGGUCCUCUCGAUUCGGCAGAAAAUCUGCCCCCCCUAAUGUCACCGACUCUGUCACCGACUCCAGUGCUGUGGGCAUCAUUCUUUCCCCAGGUGCUCUUGAGUCCAACUCUCAAGACAGUGACCAGCGUGAAUCUCGCAAAUCCGAAGAGGGGGUCCCAUCUGCGUCUUCCCCGUGGGCUUCUAAAGGCAUGCGAGCGAUUCGCACGUUCUCUAUCGACUCGGAGGACAUCGAUCCGUGGGCGAUGCGAGAGCAACUUGAUGAAUAUCCCGGCAAAGGCCACUGGCAGUUGAAACAACACCUCGAUAGAUACAUUCUCCUCACCGAUCAAGAUCUCAAACAGGAUGACCUGGCUUCUCUGACAAGCACGCUACGAAUAAGUCCGCCUACGGAAAACGACUCGGACGAAUGGUUCGAAAGGUUCCACACUCUGAGCAAGGUCCUCGAAUCCAAGACUUCGACGCCCGUGAAGAUUGCUGUGAUCGAUGGAGGAGUGCUACCGCACGACUUUGAGUCAAAGAAAAUAACAUGGCGCAACUUUGUCACGGAAGGAGAUUCGAACGUGGACAGCAGUGGCCCUGACAUAGUUUCCCUUGACCUCAUCCGGAAAGUGUAUGAUAGAGACGAACUCUCUGUGGCGGUUGUAUCCCCAGGCUCUUCUCCUAACGAACACACCGCGGAUUAUAUGGCUAGAGCUAUUGAAUGGGCCAUCGGAGAGGAAGUCGACAUCAUCAGCAUCGCGAUUGGCCUAGAAACGCGCACUGAGCGCUUGGAGAAGAUAUUGCGCAAGGCGGCAACCGCAAGCAUCCUCGUAUUUGCUUGUGCCGGUACAGGAAAGAAUAUGCCUAUUGCCUAUCCAGCCAGGAUGCGGAACGUAUUCUGCAUGUUCUCCACCGACGGCCACCUCAAUGUUUCAAAGUUCAAUCCACCGCCCAGCCCUUUUGCCGAGAAUUUCGCCAUCCUCGGAGAGGGAGUAAGUGCGGGGAAACGCCGCUCUGAUGGUACGUCUGUUUCCGCGGCCAUUGCCGCUGGGGUCGCCGCAUUACUGCUAGACUUCGUGCGACAGGGAGAUGCUUCUAAGAAAAUACACCCUGAUGCCCUCGAGAGAGUGCGAACCAAGGAUGGCAUGACUGCUUUAUUCCAACUAAUGUCUAGAAGAGCGAACGGCUAUGAUUGCAUAGCUCCGUGGCUCCUUCUACCCCGUCGCUACCGCGAUGAUGAAGAUGCCAGGGAGCGGGCUUGGCAAACUAUAUCGGAAGCUUUAUUACAUCUCUGAUACAAUUCCGGAAUUUAUUGUGGAGGCAACAAUUUGGGAUGUCUUACAUCAUCCAAGGGGAAUGCUACGGUCUUUAUCUACCAAGAAAUAUAUCCAUGAGCGCAACCAUCAAGUCAAGCAAAUGACUAUGAUCUACCGGGAGAGGUCGCGCGUCAUUGUCUUGCUAACCCUGCAGAGAAUGAUGCUGACGAGGAGCUGGCCUUGGAAUCAACACUCUAGAAGUUUCGUUCAAGCCGUACGCUAAGCACAUUGUUCAUACACCCCCGAUCGGUAGGAGUUUUCACGUGGGAUGAUGCAGACCCAUGGUUCGAGCAACCGGAAACCGUGAAUCAUUCUGUACUUCGAAGGACUGCAUAGACCUUGCUCGUUGUACGAGAAGGACCGAAGAAAUGGCUUAGGGAAGGAAGUCAGAAGUAGAAUAUCUAGAUCAGAAUCUUAAGAUCAUCUUUAAACAGCAUUCUCAACCCUAAACUCGUAGAGGCAAUGGAACAGUCCAGUUA